UGUGAUAAACGCAGUCAUACACACACAUAGACCAAAUUGUAUAUUUUUUUUUACAUUAAAAAUGCGUUAAAAAAUUUCAAAUAUAAUAAAAAUGAUUACGUUCUUUGUUAUUCUUUGCGCGUUUUUAAUAUGGUUCUCCUCACGGGUCAAUUCUGAGCCCACCACUUCGAAAUACACUUAUAACUCUUCUGAUUUGUCGUAUUUGUCGAACGGUAUUCAAUUUCCAGUCGCCGAAAGUGAUAUUGAAUUUCUUGCGGAGGAUAGUGGUGCCGAAAAUGGUUCGCAAAUUUUGUGGUUUUCGAGGCUCUACGACCAUCAUAGAUGGUGGAAUCGUUUGGAAAAGUUGGAAAAUCCUUUGUGUAAAAGUGAUAUGAUGGUGUAUUUGAGGGAGCUUGGUAAUGGGACAAGUUGGGCUGUAAAAAUGUUCGAUGCUUCUGGAAGAUACUCAGGACAAUUCUUGUUUGGAAACGAUUAUUGGUUGGGUUCGAAAACGCUCUGCAAAGAGUUGACCCUGACAGAAUGGAAUACCGAAGUACCACCGUUUGCUGUUCAUUUUUACGUCGCGAAAAUUAGAAUCAAUCUCAAUAGAAAAUUCACCCCAGUAACAAGACAAUUAAACGUCGGUGAAUGCUUACCGAAGUCUUGCGGAGUAACGGGAGUGCGAUCUCUCUUAGCCCACGAACGCAAUCAAGCAACGUCUAUAAACAUUGUGGGAGUUCGAGAGGUCCCAGGGGACUAUUCUUUGCUCUACGAUUUUAAAGUUCAUUUACUCGGAGGAUGUACCCUGCUAGUUCUUGGUUUAAUUAUAAUUUCAACUUUAGCUGACUAUUUUAUACCAAAUUCAAAUGAAAACUCGAAUAAAACUGAUAAGGCAAAUUACAAACAAAAUGGUAUAGAAAAUAAUAAUGGAAUAAACAAUAAUGGUAUAAAAUAUAUAAGUACCAUUGGUACCGCCAAUAGAACUACCGAUAGUGGUAUAUCAAAUGAAACAAAGACAUCAGCAAAGAAUGGUAUCCCUUUGAAAUUACUGUUAUCAUUUUCUGUCAUUAAAAACGGAAGGAAAAUAUUAUCAGUAGAAAAAGUUUCUUUAGAAUCUAUAGAAUGCAUUCAUGGAUUGAGAUUUUUUUCAAUAGCUUGGAUCAUUUUAGUGCAUAGUUAUUUAGAACUUUUUGCUAUUAGUAAUAAUAAAAAUGUAAGAAUCGUCACGGAACGGGGAUUUUUCUAUCAGACUAUUUCGAAUGCUACAUUUUCUGUUGAUACUUUUUUCUUCAUAAGCGGUCUAUUAGUAACACUCACGUUCUUCCGAACAGAAGAAAAAAAACAAAAACCCCCCGAUAAAGAAGGCAUCUACACGGCAAUAAAAAAGAGUACAGGGAGCUUUUUCAUGAUGAUUUUCUACAGAUUUUUUAGAUUAACUCCAGCUUAUCUAUUCGUUCUAGGUCUCAACGAGAUAAUUAUGAGAUACCUACAUUCAAAUUCUGUUUUUUCUCCUGCUAUAAUCGAUCAUAUAAGUUGUAACAAUUACUGGUGGAGAAAUAUUUUGUACAUCAAUAAUUUUUAUCCACAGCAUGAAUUUUGUAUGCUGUGGUCAUGGUAUAUGGCUAAUGAUACUCAGUUUUAUGUUAUUUCGACUAUCUUGUUAUUGAUUGGGAUCCGAAGUUCCAAACACAUAAAAUUCGUCGGCCUGAUCAUCAUAAUCUUCAUGGGCGCGUCCUGGAUAACGACAUUCAUCAUAGCCAUGAAAUGGGAAUACGUAGCGAGGGUAGAAGAACCUUUUGCUCUUUUCGACCAAUUGUACGACAAACCCUGGUUGAGGAUAGGACCCUAUCUCGUGGGAAUAGUCGCCGGAUAUUUUUUGUUCAAAAUGAACUGCAAAAUUAAAAUGCCGUGUGGAGUGGUGGUACUAGGAUGGGUUCUGUCUUUAGCAUGCUUAGGAAGUUUGGUAUAUGGUCUCGGAAGAGAUGGAUUGGUGAUACCAGCUUCUGCGUUUUAUGCAGCCUUAAGUCAUUCCGCUUGGGGUCUAUCGAUAGCCUGGAUCACAGUGGCGUGCUGCAGCGGUUACGGAGGCCCUUUGAACUAUUUCCUAAGCUGCGAAUUAUUUUUGCCACUCAGUAGACUGACGUACUGCGCUUACCUUGUUCACCCUGUACUGAUGUGCCUAACCAGUUUCCAUUUAGAUGGGUCUUUUCAUUUACAUCAAGCUAUGGCAGUUGUAAUCUAUUUCGGAAACCUUGUCCUGUCAUUUAUGACAGCUUUUGCCAUUUCAUUGGCAUUUGAAGCUCCCGUUGUUAAUCUGCUCAAAAUUAUUUUCGGAUAAAUAUAG